AUGGCUAUCGACGACGCACAGCGGGACAUCGUCACUCGGCAUGCUGACCGGCUUCUCACGGCCCGCGAUUACCCAAAGACCAUCUGCCCCUCGGAGGUUGCACGUGCACUAUCGCCCGCCGAACUCUCGACACUAAAUGCACCAGAUUGGCGAAGCACUAUGGAUGCUAUCCGAGCUGUCGUGUGGGAGAAGCGUGAGGCGGGGGAAGUCGAGGUGCUGCAGAAGGGAGAAGUAGUCAGGGUCGAGAGGUUGGAGGAGAUCAAAGGGCCGAUGAGGGUUAGACUUGUAAAGGAGUGA